GAGAAUCUGCACGUAGCAUUCAGACUUUUAGGAAUCCAGCCCUUUACCACCAGAUGGCCAACAGUGCGCAGAAACAUCACAGAUAGGACGAACUACCAGACUCCGUGGUUAUCUUCUUACCGUUGACUGCACCGAGUCUGGUUUGAGUUGAGACUUCAGAGGACCAAGCGACCACGGGACUGGUGCAGGGGACACAUUUCUGCUGCAUGAUGCUGUGGUUUAGGAUGGAGCUGCCAUGUUGGUGUUUAUUGUUGCUGAGCUGUCUGCAGUCGCUCUCUGCCAACGAGUUCUUCUCCUCCAUAGGCCAGAUGACAGAUCUGUUGUACACAGAAAAAGACCUUGUCACCUCUCUAAAGGACUACAUCAAAGCGGAGGAGAACAAGCUUGAGCGGGUGAAACAGUGGGCUGAUAAAUUGGAAUUGUUGUCAGCCACAGCCAUACAGGACCCCGAGGGCUACCUGGGGCACCCUGUCAAUGCCUUCAAACUGAUGAAGAGGCUGAACACAGAGUGGGGAGACCUGGAGAGCCUUGUACUCAGUGACACCACUGAUGGAUUUAUUUCCAAUCUGACCAUCCAGAGACAGCACUUCCCCACAGAUGAGGACCAGACCGGAGCGGCUAAAGCUCUCCUCCGGUUACAAGACACGUACAAACUGGAUGCCAACACCAUCUCUACAGGAGACCUACCUGGAGUGAAAUACAAGAGCCUUAUGACAGUGGAGGACUGUUACGAACUGGGGAAAAUCGCCUACUCUGAUGUUGAUUACUACCACACAGAGCUGUGGAUGGCCCAGGCCCUGAAACAGCUUGAACAGGGAGAGGAGUCCACUUUAGAUAAGGUGACAGUGCUCGACUACCUCAGCUACUCCAUCUACCAGCAGGGGGAGAUACAUCGAGCCCUGGAGUACACCAAGAAGCUGCUUGAACUGGACCCAGAGCACCAGCGUGCCAAGGGCAACCUAAAGUACUUUGAAUUCCAGUUGGAGAAGCAGAAAAAGGAUGCAGAGGAUGGAGCUCAAACAGAGAAAGAGCAAGGGAAAAGAGAUAUAACUGAAAAGAAAGAGAAGCCCAAAAAGAAGGUCCCCAAUCAUCUGCUUCCAGAGAGGACGAAGUAUGAGAUGCUUUGUCGUGGGGAGGGCAACAGAAUGACCCCCCGCAGGCAGAGCCGGCUGUUCUGUCGUUACUUUGACAACAAUCACAACCCUAUGUAUGUGCUGGCACCUGUCAAACAGCAAGAUGAGUGGGACCGCCCCUACAUUGUCCGCUACCUUGACAUCAUGUCUGACAAAGAAAUGGACAAGGUCAAGCAACUGGCGAAGCCCCGAUUAAGGCGAGCCACGGUGCAUGACCCUCUAACUGGGAAACUUACCACUGCCCAGUACAGAGUCUCUAAGAGUGCUUGGCUCACUGGCUAUGAAGAUCCAAUGAUUGAUAAGAUCAACCAGAGAAUUGAAGAUCUCACAGGGUUGGAAAUGGACACUGCAGAAGAGCUGCAGGUUGCAAAUUAUGGCGUUGGAGGUCAAUAUGAACCUCACUUUGACUUUGGAAGGAAAGAUGAACCAGAUGCCUUUAAAGAGCUGGGAACAGGGAACCGCAUAGCAACAUGGCUCUUCUAUAUGAGUGAUGUAGCAGCAGGUGGAGCCACAGUAUUCCCAGAUGUUGGUGCAGCAGUUUGGCCCCAAAAGGGAACUGCUGUGUUCUGGUACAAUCUGUUUCCGAGCGGGGAGGGAGACUACAGCACCCGACAUGCAGCCUGUCCAGUGUUGGUCGGCAACAAGUGGGUAUCAAACAAAUGGAUCCAUGAACGGGGCCAGGAGUGGCGACGACCUUGUUCCCUAAAUGAAACUGAAUGAUGGAAAAAGAAAUCCUCGUCAUCACCUCCCUGGCCCUCUCUCUCCUUCCUUGUGAACCACCCAGGACCAAAGAACACUGCUGCAGAUCACAGAUGAUACAUAUGAAUACAUGGGGUCCAAAAGGG